AUGCCUGCCAACCUGAAGCAACGCGCUAAGCGUGCGCUGGUGACCUUGUUGCUGGCUCUGGCCGGUGCAUACGGGCUGCAGGUGACCCUCACGCGGGAGUCGACAGAUGUCGAGGUGACGCGGGUCUUCCGGCGAGUGUCCAUCAAGGUGCAUCCCGACAAGGGCGGCGCAGCCGCAGACGCGCAGCGCCUGAAUGCUGCAAGGGAUGCGUGGGUCCAGGCGAGCCAGGGCACAAAGCCGCCAGGCCGACCUGCCCAUGCGCAGGCAGGGCCAGUGUCCGCAAGCAGUGCCGUCACUAACGGGCGCGAAGGCUUGCGCAUUCGCUCCGAGGCGGUGCUCCUGACAUAUCAAAGCUGGCCGGCCGGGGAGGCGCCUGGUGCAUGGCAGAGGUUCUGCGUCUUUGUGGCCGCCUCGGUGACGGCGUGGACUGUCAAGCACUGGGCGGCGACGAUGGAGCAGACCUCCGGCGGCGACUGCCACCUGCACCUCAUGGUCCAAUUCACUUCUGCAGUGGACUGCGGCUCCGCCCGCUUCAUCUUUGAGGGCGUGCGACCCAACGCCAGCCCCAACGACUACCUCGGCGAGGGCGUCUGCCGCAACAAGCUGCAGCAGUCCAUCAACCGCGGCAUGUUCUACGUGUGGGCUGACAAGGUGGGGACGCUGCGCUUGCCUUCCGGCGAGACUUGCGUCGCGGCCAACUACGAGCCAUGCUGGACUGAGGCUCGGCGAACCUACCAGGUCCUGGGAAAAUGGCCAGAAGCACUGUGGAAACAGCGGAAGCUGACAUCGGCCAAGUACGAGCAGUACCUUUUCCUGACGCGGGACGGGGUUCUGGCACGGAAGCGCAACCUGGAUGCAGUUCGCGAGCAUGAGGCCGCCCUGGCUGAGGCCGCCCUCAUCGAGGCCACCACGAAGAGGCUUCGAUCGAACCCAGAGGUGUACCGGGCUUUCCCGGCAGUGCCCGCGGCAGAAGCAUGGUUGGCGACGUUUCGUGAAGAUCGACUACGCUAUCCACUGCUCAUCGUCCACGGGCCCUCCCAGACAGGGAAAACAGAGUGGGUGAAGUCCUUGUUCAAGCGCGCGCUGGAGCUCAAAGUGGGGAGUCUCGACAUCUUCCCAGAGGGGAUGCGCGCCUUUGACAGGGACACCCAUGAUGGCAUCAUCCUGGACGAUGUGAGGGACCUGAAGUUCAUUGCGGAGCACCAGGACAAACUUCAGGGCAAGUACGACACGCGUGUCGAAUUUGCCACGACUCCUGGCGGCACGUGCGCGUACCGGAAGUACCUCUUUGCAGUGCCUGUGGCAGUCACCAUCAACAACAGCACACGGAACCUCGACUUCCUGCGCGCGCAUGACUGGCUCGGCUCCGAGCGCAACCGCGUCCUCGUCCACUUCCCUGACAUCUUGGCACAGGAGCCAGCCAGCACGGUGGCGCAAAAAGAGGCGGCUCGAGUGCCAGAGUCGCAGGUCGCCGUGUGCAUCUCGGGUCCUUUCGCGCUGUGCAUCUUGGGACAUGUGGCUGCGCGAGGCAGUUGGGUGGGCAUGCCGGUGCGUCCUGUGGUUCCUCACGCCUUGACCAUGCAGGGACAUGCAUUGCUAGCGUCGGAAGGUACUGACAGGACCAGCCCACAUGCGUGCCCUCGCAGCUGUCUCGGCACCAUGCCCCUUGUGCAGGAGGUGAGGCACCCACAGUCGCUCAACUUCGCGACUGAGCGCCAGGUUGUGGUGCUGCGGGAGGUGCAUGGCUGCGCGUGGGAGGACAUCCGUUCCCGGGUGCGGAACUUGCGCGGGGAGCGGCCCAGUCUGUCGCUCCUGAAGCGAGUCUACAAGGGCUUCAGCCAGGCAAAGGGGCGGCGACCGUACAAGUACCGGAACUGCGGUCGCCGACCCGUCAAAGCUACCAAGGCCGUGCAGAAGUUCCUGGUGCAGCGCUUGCUCGCCCUGCGCAUGCACUGUGUCUGCACCUCUGGCACCUUGCAGCGAGAACUGCUCGCGAAGCGGGGUGUGCAGCUGGAUGAGUCGGCCAUCCGCAAGGCACUGCGUCGCCAGGGAUACUUCUGGCUACCAAAAGCGCAGAAGCGCAAGUACAGUGCAGAACGCCGGCAGGAGCGCCUCCGCUUUGCCAGGAGCGUGGUGCAGCUCAGUCGGGCCCGCCUGCGAGAGAAGCUGUCCUUCUCCAUGGAUGGGGUCCUGCUGUCGCUACCGCCACGGGAUCCCACGGACCGCCGCAAUUAUUGCGCCCACGGGGAUGGCUACAUGUGGCGGCAGCGCGGGGAGGCUGGAAUGGAGCGGCUGGCUGGACAGAACCCGUACCCGUCACAGGUGCCACGUGCUCGAGCCGUGCCACUCUGGGGUGGGCUGUCAGAAGGGGGCUUCCGCACAGUCGCCUUCCACAAAGCACGCAAGUUCACUGCAGAGGAGUGGUGCCGCGUGGUCCAGACCGGGAAGCUCCAGGCCGCCAUAACAGCGCUGCAGCCAGUGCGGCGACACGGCCCCUGGAAGGUCUUGUGCGACAAUGAGGCCUUCCUGCACACGGCCGCCAGCAGGCAUGCCAUGGCGGCCGAAAACAUCACGCUCUGGCCGGUCCCGGCAUCAUCGCCGGACCUGAACCCUGUGGAGAAGUUCUGGGCGUGGCUGCGAAGGCGCCUCCGCCACCUGGAUCGGGAAGACCUCCGCCGCAAGCGCCCGCCCAUCGGCAUGCUGGCCUUCAAGGCGCGCGUCCGCGCGGUUUUGGCUUCACAGCGUGCCCAAAGGGUGGCCUCGCACAUAGCCGCGGGCUUCAAAAAGACCUGCAAGGAGGUCGUGUCCAAGAAGGGCGGCAUGGCCAGAUCCUAG